CUCUAUUUAUCAAUUUUCGGGGAACGAACGACUGGUAUAUAAGCCAGGGCCAGCCGAUCGUUUGUCAUCAGUUCACUCCGAGGAUCCAUCGCAGUCACCAGCACACAAUACAAAUCGUAAUACAUCGUUUCGUCUGCAACUGCAUCACACAGCCAUGGCUCAUUUUAAGGCAUGCAUCGUCGGUUUGGCAUUGAUCGGGUUCUGCGCAGCCGAAGAGGUGACCAAGACUGCUGAAACCAAGACCAACAACAAACGAAGCGCCGAUUUGUCGUACGGUUUGGGCUACGGACACGGAGUGUCCUCCUACUCCGGUCUGUCUUCCGGUCUGUCCUCCGGAUACGGUCUGUCUUCCGGUCUGUCAUCCGGCUAUGGUCUGUCUUCCGGCUACGGUGCCGGUUACGGUGCCAGCUACGCUUCCCAAGCUGUACCAGUCAAAGUGAGCCAAUCCGACCAGGUUGUGCCUGUGUCCGUGCCACAACCGUACGCCGUGCCCGUCACCCGUCACGUGCCAGUGUCCGUCCCUCACCCCGUCCCAGUGUCCGUGCCCAGAGCCGUCCCAGUCAGCGUGCCACACCCAGUCCCAGUCACCGUCGACCGCCCAUACCCCGUUGACGUGCCCCGCAGCGUGCCGGUCAGUGUACCACACCCAGUCCCAUACCCAGUCAGCCGCGCUGUGCCAUACUCCGUCCCACAACCGUACCCAGUCGAGGUCCAACAACACGUGCCAGUCUCCGUCCCAACUCCAGUGAUCGCCGCAGCUCCAGCUUACUCGUCCAUCGGAUACUCCGCCGCUUCGUCGUUGGGAUACUCCGCCGCCCCGGCUUUCGGAUCCUCUUACGGAUACUCCGCCGCCCCGGCUUUCGGUUCGUCCUACGGAUACUCCGCCGCCCCAGCCUACGGAUCCUCUUACGGAUACUCCGCCGCCCCGGCCUACGGAUCCUCUUACGGAUACUCUGCCGCCCCGGCCUACGGAUCCUCAUACGGAUACUCCGGAUACUCCGCCCCGUCGUUCGGAUCUUCCUACGGAUCGUCUUACGGACUCUCGUCCUCGUCCUUGUCAUCCGGUCUGUCUUACGGACACGGUCACUCGUUCGACUCAUACAAGAAAUAAUUAUGACGACGAUGAUAAACACAUCAUACGUAGUCGCAAUCUUUACGCCGAAAACGUUCUAUUUAAAAAUAUUAUAAUCUAAAUUGUAUUGUUAUCCAUAAUACUAUAUAUCGUGUAACCGAGCCGAAUCCGAAACCCAAAAGCACAAUUUAAUCACUCGUCAGUCAUCGAAUCAGAUUAUUACGACAUAUUAUAAAUGACGUACGUUGUAUAUAAUAUAUUAUAUUAUUAUGUAUUCGUAUUAUGCGUGCGAGAACCAACUGGACGAGCGACGUCUUCACACACAAUCACGGGUUAGGUACCCAUAUAAUACUUACCUUUAUUGUGAAGUGUAUGAUAUUAUAAUAUAAUAAUAUAUGGUUCAUCGCGGUCUGUCGUGUACACGAUGCAAUACGUAUUAUAAUAUUAUAUAUUACAUUACACUCAUUUUGUAUUCUUAAUAGUCAAUAUUAUUAUUAUCAUCAUCAUCAUCAUUACUAUUAUUAUUAUUUUGUAUUAUUAUUAUUAUUAUUUGUUAUUAUAUACUUUAUAUUAAAUUGUUAUGUGCACGUACAGCGCAUAACAAUAUUGUGUGCACUACUAAAGCAAACAUAUUUUCAUUUUAUCUCAAUAAAACUCAAAAACAAAAUUUAAUACCAUAAAUAAAA